UGACAGUCCCGUUUGACACACCAAGCCAAAGUCGGCAUAGCUUUUCCUCCAUGCGCGGCAGCCCUUUGCCGCCACCAACGCUUGCAUGGAAGUAGAUGCACCUGCCAGGACUAUCAACAGCCACCGUUGCGGCUUGCCAGCGCCGUAGCCGGGGACAGCCUUAGUCGCCCACCGGCACCUCUGUGGGUUUCCUUGCUAUGCACGCGGCAACGUCCGCUUUUGCAUCAAGCAUACAGCGCUUGCUAUUGAGGAUGUGGCCGACCUUGUCGUCAAGUACAAGCGCCCGUCACUUCCCUGAAGUCAGGGUAACGGUCCGGGUACACAGGCAUGGGUACGUCCUAGGGAAACGGUCGGGGCGCUUGGCAAUGUCCUCGCUGGGGUGUGAAUCCUGCGAGGCUCUGACCAGUCCCCAGCCGCAAACCCGGGAAGGCGCAAUUCUGUCGAACUGCGACUGUUCGAGGCUCAGAUGUUCCAUACCCGUAAAUAUUGGUAUCCCCCAUGUAUGGAUACAGACCACAUUCAGAUAUCAGAUCCAAGAGCACAAGUCUGCCUCACGUUCUUCACGCAUCAAGCUUGAUAAGCAGCUAAAGGCCGCCCACGUCCAGUCAGAAAACAGUACGUUAGCCCCACUCAGCAGUCCCAAUACAUGCGUUGCUAUCAUCUCGGUGGUGACCCGACCAUCCCCUUAGUUUUGACAAAACGAGGCUUUCCCCAUCUUACAAGACUUCAGAAUUGUAGCGAGCCAGACCUUCCCUACCAUCCAUCGGAAAACCUCGAUCAAGGAGUGACCGUCCGCACCGUGCCACACCUCUGCCUGUGCCCCACCAAAGUUUUGUGGGUUAUCGCAACCUAGGACUCCAUCAGCCUCCCCCUACUGGGCACAGUCCACAAAACCUCAAGACUCUUAAGCGGAGGUACAAUCCAUUGGCGACUGAUCG